UAUAGGGUUAGUGAAGGGAAUGACAGUUUUGUUAGUUGAGAUUUUGGCAGUGGCAGCCGAGGUGGCGAUGGUGGUGGUGAAGGUUGUUGUUGGUGGUGGGGUGGAGUUUGAGGAGUUCCAUUGGGAUGAUUUGAGAAGUGGGUUUGAAGAUUAACAAUGCUACAUAUCUUUAAAAAAAUACAAUUCUCACAAACUCACUUACUUGUGAUUGGUCCAGAAGGGAACCAAAAAAAAAAAUACAUAAUUGGUUCACAUCAUUUUGAGAGUUACGGUCGUCCCCAACUUUGAGGGUCCCGAGUAUUUUUUGGUUUGAAGAUAUAAUUCUUUCUUGGCACAAUGAUGUGUGUUGAAGGGACAUUUUGAAGGUUGAUUUUGAAUGAAUUUCAAUGGAAGUGGUGGUGGUGGUGAAUUUGUACAAUGGUGGCAAUGUUUUCCUUUAUAAGUUUAAAUUUUAGUUUUACUAUGUUAUUAUAGAGAGGACUGGUGAUGGAAAAUUAGAUAUCAUCUUGUAAAUCAACAUUUAGUUUAGUAUUCUAGUUGCAAUUUGAUUUCUCA